AUGGUCCCUCUCGCACCCCCAACUUCCCCCCUCCACCGCCCACCUCCCACAACCAAUCAUAACCACCUCAAUCACAACCACCAAACCACAUUCAAUCCGACCUCCUACACCCGGCACCUUCAAAUCGGAACCCUCACCGGCUUCAAUCGCGCACUUUCACUCUCUCCCCGGCCGCGACCACACCCGUCAAGCCCUCCAUCCAACUCAUACUCUCUAUCCUCGAAGGAUCUUUCCACAAUGCCCACCCCAGAGUCCGCCGCAUUCCUCGCCAAAAAGCCCACCGUGGCACCGACCUACGAGGGCGUCGACUUCGAAGACAAUGUCGCCGUGCACAAUGCCCGUGACGCGAUUAUCCGUGAGCAGUGGGUGCGCAGUAUGAUGGCUCGUCUGGUUGGUGAGGAAUUGGGCAAGUGCUAUGCUCGUGAGGGUGUUAAUCAUCUUGAGAAGUGUGGUGUGCUGCGAGAGAAAUACUUCGAGUUGCUCAAGGAGCGCAAGGUUAAGGGUUAUCUCUUCCAGGAGAAGAACUACUUUGGCGAGGCCAACAAGUCUUCUUAA